AUGGACGCCCUUGAUCUUGACAAGCUGUCUACAAACCUUGCAAGGUAUCACACGCUGCUCUCCAAGAUCACAACUGUCUCGCAGCUGACCAAACUCCAGAGCGCAAUUGAGAAUGAGCAAUCAUCCACGGCGCGCCAACUGGACGCGUUUUUGCAACCAUCUCACACAAACACCAACCAAGCCGUGCGGACGCUGGAGCUCAACAGGGCGAGGCUCACUCAAACCUUGUCGAAGUUACACCACGCGCUCGAGUCCGUUGCGGAAUCAAAGCAAUUGGCUUUACAGGUCUCCACCAGGAUCAGGGCUGUGGACCGCGAACGCCAGCUCGUCACCAGGGUCCUACAGUUCGUCUCACAUGUCACCUCUUUAAGGCAAAACAUAUUCAUGGUCCACCAAGCUAUAGAUCGCUCCGACUACAAACUCGCUGCCGCGGGUAUCGACACCAUAUUGAAGCUGCCCGAGGAAUCUGUGUAUUCAGAGUUUGCCCGCAGGGUUGUACCGUCUGCUGAGAUCCCGGAAGACCCGCAAGAUCUUCUCAAGCAGUGGAUCAACCAAUUGGCUCAGGUCUUUCACGAUAACUUUGUCAAAGCCGCACGCGAACAAGACAUUACCCAGCUCACCGCGGUUUUCCAGCUUUUCCCUCUCAUCCGCAAAUCCGACAUGGGGCUUGACCUGUACUCCAAGUAUGUUUGCGACAUGAUAGCGACCCAAAGCCGAAAAGUGAUGACAAGCACUACUUCAAAGAGCCCGGGGUUUUUCGCGCAGGCUCUUCUACACUUGUUCAAGAUCGUCUCCACGAUCAUAAACGAACACUCCAAGAUCAUUGCAAAGUACUACGGAAAACAGCACAUGGUCCAUAUUAUGGCCAAAGUUCAGCGCGAGGCAGACAUGCAGGCUGGCCUCGUUUUAGACAGCUUCUUUGAAAGCCGCAACUUUAAAGAGAUCUUGCAAGAUAUACGCGCGUUUAAGGAGAAUGUAUCCCCCGAGGAGGAAGGAUUGACGAGCAAUGCCCCAUCUAUGUCCGAGGUGUCGGGCAUCAUCAAUGAGUCUUCAUCUAUUCUCCAAAAUUGGUCCAUGUACUGCCGUUUUUUUGCACUAAAGUGGCGAGAGUUCUCUGAUCAGAGCUCUGAAGAUCCGCUCACUUUGCCUGCCCCCAUCUGUGACGGUAUAUUCUAUUCCAAAAUCCACAGUUCGGGGUUUUUGUCUGAUCUCAAGAAACUUAAUGAGUUUUAUCUCAACCGUUCUUUCAAGAAGAGUUUGGAGCUUGAGGAGUUGCCUUCCUUGAACGAACAAAUUUCCAAAGCGCCCCUCAAGCAUGAUGAUAUCUCUAGCUACGGCUUCUCUUCCAUCAUUGAGGAUCUCACGGUGCUUAUUAGAAGCUGUUUGGUUGUGAAUGUGAACACGGGUGAAAGCACUCUCUUGGGCCAAUUCCUUGAUAUGCUAGUGAGAUUUUUGCAAAAUGAGUAUCUGAUUAGAUUUUUACAGCAUCGCUUGCGUCAGCUGCAGCCGCGAUUGACUAGCAACGUUGUCUUGAAAAAAUAUGUGCCUCAGACGGAGUCAACUAUGAACUCGAGAGCGGCAUCUCCUGGUGCUGUCGAACAAUCGAAGCUCUCACACCUGAGGUUUAAUUUCAAAGGUGCCGCUACAUCGGCCUUCUCCAACAUCCAAUCAAAUCUCCAAGCUGUGUAUGCAGACGAGGAGACAGUUUUGAAAUUGCACCAAUAUCUCAUCUACCUCAAUACCUUGAGCAUAGGAUGCGUUUUCUUGCAAAAACUUUUGACUAAGGAGCUUCUGCAAGAUAACCCUCAACUUCUACCUGACAACUUCCCCUUUGGUGAUAAGUCUCAAUCUCUUGUCAAAAAAAUUGAAGCAACAGAACAAACGCUACUUGCGCAGAGCUCGAAGCUGCUGCAGUGGGGCGUGCGUCUCCUUUUUGAUGGUGUCUUGCAAUCCAAAAUUCAGAAAAUAUUAGGACCCUUAUUUACUCAGGGUACAGAAACUGAGUACCUCGCGAGCACUGCCAACUUCGAAGAUAUGAGUCACCUCAAACAAUUCUCUGACGGCUGGCUUGAAACCAUGAACCCCUAUAUCAACGUCCUGUACAAAGAUUGCUACGCACAGCUCUUAACCUAUGCAGUUGACUUUCUGGUCGCUCAAAUUUCCCCUAGACUUUGGAGUCUAAAGUUGAAUGAGCUGGGCUCUAUCAAGCUUGACCGGGAGCUGGGGGCGUUAAUAGCUAUAGUGUGUGGCGAGCACUAUCUUUUGAGGGAGAAAUUCACGAAACUGACGCAAAUUGUUCUCAUUGCGGGCUUUGAGGAUGACGAUUUUGACUCUGAAACCAGCGAUUUGAAGGAGGAGGUGAUAAAGGGUAUAAGCUGGGUGCUAAACCCAACUGAACGUAUCCGUGCUGGUGAGUUGAGGGUCGACAGAAGGCACUAG